AUGGGCGCCGUCAUAUCAUCCAUAAAGUCAACAACCUCGACCAUUUCCCAAGGUCUCAAAACCAUCUUGACUCUACAGCAGCAAUUCUCAGCCGCUCUUGUCAGGGCCUCGUCAGAGCCAGGACUUCCUGUGCCGAACCCGACAAGCUCAUACUGGCUCGACGACCCGCCCUUCCCCGCGCUAUGCGACAUUCAAGAUGACCAGCUUCCCCAAGAAGCUGACGUGGUCAUUGUCGGCAGCGGCAUCACAGGAGCAGCAGUAGCAAAGUCGCUCCUCGAGCUUUCCGACUCUGAAUUGAGAGUCGUCGUCUGCGAAGCAAGGCAGAUAUGCAGCGGCGCGACGGGAAGAAAUGGAGGGCAUGUCAAGAGCUCGCCCUAUAGUGAGUUUGCCAUGUUUCGAAGUCGGUUGGGCCCCGAGGUUGCGAGUAGAGUUGUUAGGUUCAAGAGGAGUCAUUUGGACAUGAUGAAGCAGGUUGGAGAACAGAUUAAGCACGGUAAUGUUAGGGAAGUUGAGACUGUGGAUUUGUUCUUUGGAGAGGAGGAUUUUGCGAGUGCGAAGAAGCAGGUUGAGGAAGCUAAAGAGUGGAUGCCCGAGGAGGUGCACAAGAUCUGGGAGGCAGAAGAGGCGAGGAAGCAGUUUGGUGUAAAUGAGCUUGUUGUUGGUGCUUUGUCUUACUCAGCCGGAGCACUCUGGCCAUAUCGACUUGUCACGGGUAUAUGGAAUAAUCUCCUCGAGCGAUUCCCCAGUCUGAGUAUCAACACUCACACACCCGUUGAGACCGUCACUCGUCCAUCGGACGGUUUAUACACAGUCAAAACCAGCCGUGGAACUAUCAAGGCACGACAUGUUGUGCACACCACCAAUGCUCACGCAGGCCAAUUGGUCCCUAAACUUAGAGGUUCACUCUGCGGCGCCAUCGCUCACAUGAGUGCUCAGCGCCCUGGCGAUUCAUUCCCAUCUUCCCAUGGAAACCGCUCCUGGUCUCCGAUCUAUAGCCCAGGUUUCGAUUAUGUAACCCAGCAGCCGGAUAAACCAGAUGGAACAGCUGGUGAUCUUAUGGUAGGCGGAGGAUUCUUCCGGAGUCGUCACGAGGGCAUCGAUCAGAUUGGACUAUGGGACGAUAGCAAAACCCACGCCCUCCCCUCGAUUCACGUCCGCGGUGUCAUGCCGACCAUUUUCGAACCGCAGUGGGGAGAUGGAAGCAAGCUCGUCAAAUCAUGGACUGGAAUUAUCGGUUUCACAGGCGAUUUGAUGCCUUUUGUUGGACGAGCCCCUAAAUCACCCGUCAAGAAGGAUUCAGGGGAGUGGUUGGCCGCGGGAUUCUGUGGUGAGGGUAUGGUUUGGGCGUGGCUUUGCGGAACGGCUUUGGCGGUCAUGGUUCUUGGCAAAGAGGGUGAGAAUUUGGAUAAAGGUGUUGGAAGACCUGGGGGUAAGUUAGAGGAGUGGUUUCCUAAGGAGCUGUUGAGUGUUGAUGAUGCGAGAUUGAGGAGGGCGGAUAUUGCGAAUCUGGCUGAUGCUGUGGAUGAACUUUGA